AUGGAGCAAUGCAGCUCAGAAAGGGAGAUACGGUGCCGUCGGAUGCUCGACACAUGUUCGAGGGUGACCGGGACGUCUGGUGAUGGGCAGCGGUCGCCACAACCGUACAACCGGCCGCUGCUGCUGCGUCUCUUCUGCGAACAUGCCCAGACGGCCGACGGCUCGCGCGACCGCUUUCUCGACGCCCUCUGUGAACGUGUGGGCCUCGAUUUCCGGGAAGACACACGGUGUGAAGCCGUGGACAUCUUUGCAGACGAGCUGGUCGACGGCCUCUUCCUGCCUCUCAAGGCUGUCAGCAGUCGCUACGCUGAUGGCAUUACUACGGCUGACAAAGAUGCAGAUACGACGCUAUCAGUGUGCAUAUUCCCACCGUCACCCAUGACUGUUGACGAAGAUGGCGAAUUGUCUCUGGCAGGCCAGACUGCCAGCCAGCUGCUGUCCAUGCUGGACAGCACAGCCGUGGCGACGCUCCGACAGCUCCACAGCGCCGACGACAAAGCCGCGAGCCAGCAGAACACAAACGCCAUCGCCCUGUCGCCUUCCGAUGCCCGUGCCUUUUACCAGUAUUCUGUUCUGGACGACGAGUUGUUUGAGUCGGCUUCCGACGUCCGCCUGUUCGCACUGCACCACUCCAUCGCCCGCAUCCUGCACGAGAGCGGUGCGGGUGCUCACAUCGACGCUAUCCUUCAGGACACCGGCACGGAAGACCUACUGACCGACGGGACGACGAGCCACCUGGGCCGACUCAUGCAGCUACGUCUGGACGGCUGGUGGGACGGGCGAGGACAGGCAGGUGGACGCAGCUGGUGGAUCGACGCCAGCCGGUUCGCACAGGAGGAAGAGGAUUGGUGA